AUGUUAAAACACAGCCUGUUUUUGUUCACUUUGGGACUAAUUCUAACUGGAAAAACUUUUUGGAUAAAAGGUAAGCUUUCAGGUGCAUCUUCUGAACAGACAGACAGAGCUUCUAGUUUAGAAAUAAUCAUUCCUCGAAGCCUGAUGGGCAGAGAGAAGCAUCACCCAUUUUUCCAUGAGGAGCAUUCACAUGACAAUCUUUCUUACUCAGUUAAAACCAGAAAUGGAACGUAUCUCCUGAAACUGAAGAAAAAUAAAAAGCUUGUUAGUGAAGACUUUAUUCUAUAUACAUAUGGAGAAAAUGGGAAACUGGAGGCAACACAGUUGAAAAAUGAGACACACUGUUAUUACCAUGGCACUGUUGAAGGAGUUGCUGACUCAGUGCUUGCUCUCAGCACAUGUGAUGGCCUAAGAGGAAUUCUCUACAUUGGUGGCAAAUGGUAUGGAAUGGAGCCACUCAACACAUCCAGCACAUUUGAGCACAUGUUUUACCUGUUAGAAGAUAUGCAGGAUAUCCCCUUCCAGUGUGGUGUGCUGAAUGGCAGCCUUCAUCCCCAGAAGAUGUUUGUGGAGCCUUCUGUGAAAUAUGCUUUUUUGUCAAACAGCACCUCUAGCAGGGAGAAGCUUUUGAGGUUUUUGCUGAAGAAUUCUGAUCCUGCUGCGGUGCAAAAGGAGACAGUUGAGCUCAUUAAUUAUGUUGAUGGGAUGUACAGAGCAUUAAACAUCCAGAUUGUUUUGGUUGGAUUAGAGAUCUGGACAGACAGGAAUCAGGUGUCUGUAGUGGAUGGUUCAGCUGGAGAUGUGCUGAGCAGAUUUGUCUCCUGGAGACAGAGAGAUCUUCUGAAACGAUCACGAAACGACGUCAGCCACCUCAUAAUAGGGAGAGGCUCUUAUGAUGGAUCCAUUGGAAUGGCUUAUGUGGGUACUGUCUGCUCACAAGUCCAGGGAGGAUCAAUCAGCACUUUGAAUCAUAACAAUAUGUUACGUCACGCUACAGUAGUCGCACAUGAGCUGGGGCACAACCUGGGCAUGAAACACGAUGACAAAAGGUGUCCUGCACCCUACAUUAUGCACAGCACAGAUAAUGGAUCCAGGAAUUUCAGCACCUGUAGUGCUGAUGAUUUUGAGAACCUUAUUCUAAAUGGAGGAGGCAACUGCCUUAGAAAUCCUCCCAAAGCAAGUAACAUAUACAAGGAACCUGAACCUGUCUGUGGUAAUAAUGUGGUUGACAGCAAUGAAGAAUGUGACUGUGGCAAACCAAAGGAAUGUACUAACCCUUGCUGUGAUGCUGCAACCUGCAAACUCACACCUGGAUCACAAUGUGCUGAGGGACUGUGCUGCAAAAAUUGCAAGUUUAAAGUGGCAGGAGCAGAGUGCAGAUCGAAGAUGGAUUUUUGUGAUCUCCCUGAGUACUGCAAUGGAAGCCAUGCCUACUGUCCAGAAGAUGUUUAUGUCAUGAAUGGUUACCCCUGUGACAACAUGAAGGCCUACUGCUACUAUGGAGUAUGCCAGAGUUUUGAUUCACAGUGUGAAUCUAUAUAUGGAAAAGGGGCACGAAAAGCACCUGACAUAUGCUUUGAAAAAGCAAAUAUUAAAGGAGAUAGGUUUGGAAACUGUGGAAUGAGAGGUGGAUCAUACAAGAAAUGUCCUGUUCAGCACAGUCUGUGUGGCAAGCUCCAGUGCACAUCAGUCAGUCUCCAAAAUCUUCCUGCUUGGAGUGUUGUCAAUAACGCAUCUGGGGUUUUAUGCUGGUCUUCUGACUUUGACUUAGGAUCAGAUGUCCCUGAUCCUGCUCAAGUUCAUGAUGGAACAGCCUGUGGAGAAAUGAAGGCCUGUGUAGGUUUUGAGUGUGUUGAUGCAAGUCAUCUGGGCUACAGCUGUGAUGUAAAGCAGAAGUGUAGUGACCACGGGGUGUGUAACAACAACGGGAACUGCCACUGCAGCCCUGGCUGGGCACCUCCCUCCUGCGAGCGCUCGGGCUCCGGCGGCAGUGUGGACAGCGGCCCGGCCCCUGGCGAUACAUCACUUCGGGAUGGUCUCCUCGUUUUUUUCCUCCUUGUGCUGCCAGUAGGGAUCAUUACUGUAUUAGCAGUAAUUAAGCGGGAUGCAAUAAGAAGAAAGUUUUGCAGGAAAAGCAGAAGACAGCAGAGGGAUAACAAUGUGCAGCAACCAAAGCAAAACAAUGGACCGAGUCAUAACACAAGAAAUAAUCAGCCUGCCACGUCAAGCCCGGAGUUUUUUACCAUAUCACAUUUCCCUGGUCCAAGGCAGCCAGUACAAACCCAGUUUCCUGCAGUUCCUCCAGGACCUCAACGACCCCCAGUCCCACCUAAACCAGCUGCCUGA